UCCAUGGCUCAGAGCGCGAGAUCAGCGGCGUAGAUAGAGAGACAGAGUAGAUACAAAAGCACCCCGAGCAGCUCCCCGAAUGGACGUUUCCUCUCUCACGAUCUCUCUCUCUCCAUCAACAUGCAACUCUACACAGCAGGUGCGUAAGAGGAGACAGACGGCGCCGAAGACUGGGUACGCAGCCUUCCUGAGGACUCUCGAAAGAGACAGACUCGGCGAGGCGCAAAGAACCGAGGCCUUUCAACUCCCGUACUACAGAGGGCGGCUGUCGCUGAAGAAGAGGCGGGCACUGAAUUCAGCGUCCAUGUCGCGGAUGCUCUGUCGGGACUGCCGCGGCGAUAAAGAGAGUGAAGACGCAGCGCAUGCAGAGAACGGUCUGAGACUGGAACGAGGCUCUGCGAGAGGAAGAAGAGAGCAUGUCGAGACUGGGCGAUUCGCGGCGGCGCAGACGACGACAGACGAACUCGAAAAAAAGCGCGUGACUACGAACGGAAAGAAGUCUUUUCGCAUGGAAUUGCCUCUGCACGCGAGCACCGAGGCGCAGAAGCGAAAAAGGAAAAUAAGAGAGUUCUCCUGUGCUGGCACGAGAACACUCAGAAUAUACAUAUAUAUAUAUAUAUGUAUAUGUCUUCAGUAUAUACAUAGAUAUAUGAGUCUUCAGUAUAUACAUAUAUAUAUAUAUAUGAGUCUUGAGUAUACAUAUACAUAUAUGAGUCUGUUCCGCGCAGACCUUGUCUUUUACCGGUGUGCUCUGAAAGCAGAGGAGUGCAGAUCUUCGACUACGCCGCGGACAUGCCCGCUAAACAGACAAAGCGCAGGCUCGACGCAGACGGCUCGAUCGAUUAGCAGUGUCGAGAGAAGAAGCUGACAAGGAUUUGCGGCCAGGAUCCGCAGGCUGUACGCCAAACGGACAUUCGCGGCUCUGCGGCGGAAGCGGUUUUCCGUUGAAGACGACCGAGACCGGGAGUUUCUCUGCUGCUUCCUUGAAACCGCGGGGAACUUCGCUUCUCCGGAGGCUGCGAGGAAGCAUCAGAAACUGGGGAGAAAACGCGAGAAGAAAACACUGUCUUGCUUCUUGCUCGAGAAGCGGUAGAGGAGAUGACGGCG